GAAAGAGACCUGGUGUCCGGUGGUCCGCUCCGUGGGGUUCUGCGCCUUCUUUCGAGGGCCUUGUACAUACUCGUGCACCGACUGCAUCCGCUUCGACGACGGUGGUGUUGAGGAGGUGGUUAUCAAUGUCGAGGAUGUGCCCAGCAAGUUGGAGUACGCCGGCACCGGUAGCAGCGUUCCCAAGAGUCUUCAAGGUAUCUGGUGGCUGGACCAGGAUGGCUAUGGGGCUGAGAAGGGCCUUGCUGGAGAGGACUACCCCUACGACUUCAACCCAGUGGGCGAGUAUGCCAUCGGCUUCGGCGAUAAAGCAGUGUGGCAGCCCCACACUCUGUGCUUGACCCCCAUCUAUUUCUGGGGUGGCACCCGUGGCCACUGGGCAGGUGCCAACUUCGGCAAUGGUACUACUUGCUGCGGAUCCAACGUUGCCACGCGAUUAACAUUGUCACUCUGCGCUGUUGAUGACACGCUGCAGGAGUUCGACAUUUGGUCGAGGCUGGUCAUUCCAUCAGUGCUGGCACCGGUGGCAUCCAGUCUGGGUUUCGAGUACGCUGGAUCGGACUACUGGUGGAUACCCAAGGGCCUCAUCCAUCUGAGAAUGGUGAAAAAGCCAUGGGGCUGGGAUCGCGUCAACAAUGCUGCUGCUGACUGGACCCGGACGAAGAGGGAAGAGCUAGACUCACUGCUGCGUUUCAUGCCUUCCCAGCUAACGUCGCUUCUGAACACUGCCAAUCGAACGCUGCACUAUCCGAUGUUUCAGCUGGUGGACGGUGACGGCAAUCGAACGGAAAACUGGGACCACUUCGUCGACUUCACGCAGAUCAAGAGCAAGCAGAACGCUGUGCCGGGGACCUUGGUGGUGCGCCAGCGCACCGCUCCACCAGAAGGAUUCACGAAGUUCCGGUGA